CAGCCUCUGCCACGCCCUGCCACCGACCCCAGCUCUCUGCCCCUCCCUGCCCCUGGCCCUGUCGGAGCCCUACUCUGUUACCCAGCUCCUUCUGCUCCCACACGCCACUGUUUUUUCAUGCCCGUAGGCUUGGUCAAAUACGAACUCACUCACUCGCUAGAGGACGAGGACGAGGACGAGAAGGAGGUGGGAUUGUGGCGGGUGAUCCCGUUGCCGCAGUGAAAUAUAGUCCCCGUACCUCUAUCGAGAGUCUUGCUUUUGUGUUUCGUGGAAGAGCAGGGUUGCGUGUCCUUCAGGAUUUGUGGGAGUGUAGGAGAGUUUCGGAGAAUUGUGUGUCUGAGUUUCGGAGUGUGGGUUGACUUAGUAAAGGCGAGAGAUUUAGAGAUUUGAAGCUUGGAGGUUCUUGGAGGUCUGCAGGGGUUGGAGAUACGUCUAUUUGACGAUUUCGGAGGUUUCCUUGGUACAUCUACGGAGUUGAUGUUUUGAGGUGUUAAAGAUAUUCGGAAAAAGGAAUUGCACAGGCCUCAGAAUUGAAUAGCCAUGGAGUUCUUCCGAGACGCACAUUCGGUGCGACUGUUGGCGCACACAGGCAAAUAUCUUUGGGCUGAUGACGAUCGAAGAUCAGUCGCGCAGAAGAAAGGUCGGAAUUCCUAUGGUGUUAUCUGGCGAGUUGAGUUCAUCCCAGAACGGAACGCCAUCAGGCUGAAAAGCGUGUACGAUCUUUACCUGAUGGCUUCUGAUUACGCAUUUCUGUUGGGCGCUACGGGUAAAAAGGUAAUCCAGAGUUUCGCUUCGAAGGCCGACUCGUCGCUUGAGUGGGAGCUUAUAGCCGCUGGAACUUUCGUGAAGCUGAAAACUAAGGGCGAUAAGUUUCUUCGAGCGAAUGGGGGAGUGCCUCCGUAUCGGAAUUCUGUGACUCAUGAUGUUCCAGUGCUGGCAAGCAACUACCAUGUGGUACAAUGGGAGGUUGAAGUUGUCAGGAAACUAGACUCGCAGUCUUUGCCGGCCAGCAGAGUACCAUCUCCUAAUCAGGUUCCUCCAGCGCGAUCCCACUCCCCGCCAAUGCAUCCGCGGAGGGCAGACAGCUCCUACGAUCCAGAGGCUUCGGUUCCGCCGCCUAUGUACAAUCGAAACUCCCGGGAGAAACGUAGUCAAUCGGCCCCUACUGAGGAUUUCUUUCCUGCUCCGAGCGAGUACAGUUCGUCUCCGUCAGAGAGGUUGUCACCAAUUUCUAGCCCUCCGCGUGACAGGCGCAAUGCGCCAUCAGCUGGUGACGCUCACAAGAGCCUCCCCAAACCUAAACGGCCGCACGAGCAUUUUGAUUCCUCUGACCUGCCCGCCAGGAAUGCGCAACCAUCCACUCAGCCCUUGGAAAAUGCUGAUACUGCUGAUGAUUAUUCAUCGUCUUCGGAGGCAUCGUCUCCAGUGCCAAAUCAACGAUCUGCGCAGCACAGACACCGUACAACAAUGUCAGAGCUGCCCCCCCAACUUUCCUCAAAUGACGACUAUGAUUCGCCACCGUCGGAACUUCCAUCACCGAGAACUCGACUGCAGAACCUCAAAAUUGACCAAGGAGAGAUUGCAGGCAGGGGCAAAGCUUCCCCAAGGACCCCAAGUGCGAAGUCUCCUUCUGAUGUGCGGAGAAUCUUUUACUCGAUUGCAGAGGAUGACGGUGAAGUGUUGGCUCAUGACGAUGAAACUUUCGGGAGCUUUUUGUUCAAGGGUCACAGCCUGCAAGAGUUAACGGAGCAGCUGCAGCUUGAGACGGGGAUCGACGAGGAUAUUAUAUUGUGCAUGCGGAAUCCUCUUACUCAGAAGCUCUACAGGAUGCGAUUGCAGCUUCCCCCGAACAAAGCACCCUUGUCUCUCGUCAUUGUUCGAACAAACUCUGAAUUUGGGAAAAUAUUCGCUACUCCGACUCAGUGAUAACUCCAGUGGUGUAGAGAUUAAUUUCAUUCGAGUAUGUGCGUAGAGUCGGGAAAGGCGUAGCUUCAUUUUCAAGUGCAUCAUUAUUCAUCUAAAGGGUUGCAUUAAUCUGCAGUUGUAGUAUCCAUCAGCGCAUGUGUACUGGAUCAACUGCAUGUAAACAAUUAUUUAGUUCCGCAAUGGGGUGUGAUCGAUCCUCUUUUACGGAAAAGGAUAGCUAGUCAUUAUUUUAGCAACAGCAUCGGGAGGAUACGACUGGUCACAGUAUAUUCAAAAUUCUCUCUGUACAGUAUGUAGAGAUCAGGUGCAGGGGAUGGUUUGUAGACAUUUAGGUUCGAUGAGUUGUAGAGACUGGUGUGUUAGCGAGUUCAGACUUACUGGCAUUGUUAGCUGUUAAAUUUAGAUGACCAUGUAAGUGAAGCGGCAGUACAUGAUUACUUCCCCACUUUUGUGUGUCACAACGAAACUCGACAGAUCUCAUGACAUUCUAUUGGUGCAAGUAUUUUAACAUACACAUACAUCAAUAAUCACACAGAGAUGAUAAUGAGGGCUUAAGCUCUGUACUACCAUUA